AUGUCCAGGGACAUAUUAGAAAAUAUAAGUUUGCCGGAAAUUAGCUGUAUAAAUAAAGAUGGUGGUGUAUUGAACCAGGAAGUAUGUUCGCCUACGGAUAAAAAAAAUCUCUCCAAAGCUCCGAGUUCGGACGAACCCACAGACGGAACGACAUCACCGAUUUACUUGUGUCGGAUAUGUCACGACACCGGAAGUCUUCAAGGACCGUCAGCAAUGACGUCACCGUGUCACUGUACAGGGUCAAUGCGCUACGUACACGCCCACUGCCUGCACUCUUGGCUUACAACAUCACGCAAGAACUGCUGUGAAAUCUGCGGCUACAAAUUCAAAAUCGUUCGGCCCGUGCUCCGUCCGUUCGUCGACUUUCUUGUCGACCCCCGAAACCAGAAGAUAAGGUCGGAUAUGGCCACCGACCUACUUUGUUUGAGUGUGCUGACGCUUUUUGCGGUCGCCUGCCUGUGGCUCAUGUGGUCUGGUUGGACCGUGCCCGGUGUGAUCUGUCUCAUCAUCUCUCUGUUCGCCAUUUUUGACGGCAGUGAGAAGGCCCUAAAACACCACAGAAAGGCGUGGAAGACGUGGAAGCGACACAAUCAGGUCGUCAAAAUAAUGGACGCGUUUCCGAAGUGA